CUUAGUGUCGGCACUAACCUUGAUGUUGGUGUGUUGGAAUGCGUCCUGCGAAGCAACCCCUGCAGGAUUGCGACGAUGCGGAGAUUGCAUUGUCAGGGAUUAUUUUGGGCACGGAGUUCUCUUGAGCUGCAACACGAGUCAAUCGAAAAGAUCGAGCACACCCGUUCCAGUAAUAUCUGCUACCAAAUGUGGAGUCCGCCGUUUGUUUGUUGGCGUUUUCAAGAAUUCUCUUUCAGCACAUAAAAUAGACUUAAUGCACAACCAGUUAACCCAGCUACAUCGAAAUACAUUCAGCGGCCUUCAUAAUGUGACUGGACUGAUUCUAAGUCACAAUAAACUGAGGUUUCUGGGUAAAGAUGUCUUCCACCAAUUACGAUCACUGGAAUUCCUAUUCAUAUUUGAAAACCGAAUCUUGAAAAUAGCGAAACGAGCGUUUGCUGGCCUUUCAAACCUGUACAGUAUAAACUUGUCCAAUAAUAAAAUCAGAGAGUUACCCAAAGAUGUGUUUCACCAUAUGAAACAUUUGCAUUCUGUAGAUUUGAGUGACAAUCAACUAAAAUCCUUUCCAUCGGGAAUUUUUGGCAUCACAAACCUUGGAUCUCUAGACUUGUCCAAUAAUAAAGUCAGAGAGUUACACAAAGAGAUGUUUCAGAAUAUCAAAGGCUUGACGAAUCUAAAAUUGGACAACAAUCCAAUCAGAGAGUUACCCAAAGACUUUUUUCAUACUUUUGGAAGUAGCAUUACAAGUUUGCGUCAUCUAGACUUGUCCAAUAGUAAAAUCAGAGAGUUUCACAAAGAUAUGUUUCACAAUAUGAAAGGUUUGAGGAGUCUACGCUUGGGAAAAAGUCAGAUCACAACAAUAGAGAAUGUCAAUUUCACUGGUCUAACCGAAGUCUAUAGCCUAUUUUUGAGCUAUAAUCAGAUCACAACGUUACAAAAUGUCAAUUUCACUGGUCUAACAAACCUAAAAAAGCUGUACCUUGAGUACAACUCACUAACCUCUCUACCGUCUGGAGUAUUUGACAGGCUUUAUUUGCUGAUCCACUUAAAUGUAUCAUUUAACCAACUAACAACCCUACCUCAAGGCCUGUUUGAUGACUUGCCAUUAGCAUCCAUAGAUUUGCGACACAAUACCCUUAUACAGAUACCCUAUACUCUCCGUAGAUACGCUAAGUCUGGAAAUGCAGUUAUAUAUCUGGCAUAUAACAAUCUGAGUGUCCUCCCCGCUAAACUUGGCGCACGUUGGGACCCAAUCAUAAAUCCACUCACAGCCAAUCAUCGGCUAUGCACUUUCUAUAACUACCCUGCGGAUAGCUUCGAUGUGCCUCAUAAUACCACUUACAUCCGGGAAUACCUUGAUAAUGAAUUAAAUAGGACCUUUUGCGAGGAAUCUUGUACCAUCCUUACAGACCAACAACUUGAUUGCCCUGCAGGUUAUAAAUGCAAUGGAACGGUCAGGGAUUACACCUGUACUGCCAAGGAAUCUUUCUCAUGCAAAGGCCGCAACAUCACACUCCACAUAGAGACUGUAAGAGCACACGACGCUCUUUCAAGUUGUGGCCCUGGCCAGUCUCUUUUGACAUUGGAAGAACUUGAAAGUAAUGCUCAUUGCUAUCGCAAUGCUAUUGAGAAUGUGAUUGGGGAGCGACAUGAGGAGGUCUGGUUAAUGGGAAAUGCUUCCUUCAUACGGUACAAUCUCUUCACGCGGAAAGUUGAAAGGAGUUACGCGAUCAAUUCCAAACCAGGCCCUUCAAGAAUUCUUGAUCCCACCUUUUUACGAUUCCCGUAUACACCCACGGCUACCCCACGGGCGGAUGGUUACAUCUGUAUGGGGAGAGAAGGUGCACCCAGUGAUGUACAUACAAAGCGCCUGACGAGAUUCCAAACGCAAACAUUGGACUCUGGAGUGACUCAAGAACCCAUACCAACAACAAAUCCUAUGCCAUUGGAAGAGUCCCCCGAGAAUCCGCUCCCAAGCGGCACUGGUGCAGCUAUGAUGGCAUCGAAGGGUGCAGUGGAAAAGUCACCUGCUUCCCCCAUUAGCCUGCGCACUGUGCAGCCAGUUGCAGCUCCAGCGGACAGUAUUCAGGUGCCAGCCACAAAGAAGACAAGUCAGUCUGCUGCACAGACCGUGGACACGCCACAAACGCCGGAUGUCUGUUCAUCAAAUCCAUGUCUACACGGCGGAAGUUGCAUUCCAGCCAUCAUUCAAACCAACGCAGGGUAUUUAUGCUUGUGCGAAGAAAACUACACAGGAUAUAACUGCCAACUGAGUUCAAAUGUUGAUACUACCAAUUGACACUUGACAAAUUUCCGUGUCCCGACACUUCAACUGCACCUUUUUACAAGUCGGAUGGGAAGACCAUUCGCCUUAUCGUAAAUUUAGUGGAAUUUGAAUUUGGCAGGUGUACAAGUGGUUAUGAUGGCAUUUUUGCACUGUAUGGGGCACGUAUUGGAAUUCCCCGGUCGUUUCGUGCGUAGAUUUUUUCAUUUGUUUUUGAGCAAGAGCGUGGAUGCUUCCCGAAGCGGGUACUCUUUCUCUUUUGUUUUUGCAUUUUUCUUCGUUUUUUUGUGAAAUUGAUAUGGAUUGUAGUGCAAGUAUGAAAUUAUAAUUACGUUUGUGUAAUUCAUUUAUCCUAACCGCCUUUUUCCUCAUUGAAGUUACACUUGGUUUGAAUAUACAAACUACAAUUUCAGCUUAA